GCCGCGGGGCCAGAAGUCACGUGGUGCCGGAAGUGCGGUGACCUUGUUCUAUUUACAACAUGAAAGCUGUGUUACCGGCUGCGGUGUCCUGGGGGCUCUUCCGUUAUAUCAGCCGCGGGUCCCAGGCUGGAUGUGUCCGGAGUUAUGCGCAGACCGCAGAGACAGUUGUGGAUAAAGAUGGCGUCUCCGCCUCAGCGACGGCCUCGGAGCAUGUCCACGUGGCACAGAAGAGCUCUCCGGAAUCUUUGUCAUUUGCUGUUGGGAUGUUUAGUGGACUGAUUCAUACGCAACAAGUCUUCCCAUAUCCAUCAGUAUUAAGUGAGGAUCAGUCUCAGUUCCUCAGUGAGUUGAUUAGUCCUGUGUCCCGUUUCUUCCAAGAGGUAAAUGACCCCACCCUGAAUGACGAUCUCCAGAGGGUGGAUGACAAGUCCAUGUCUGGACUCAAAGAGCUAGGUGCAUUUGGUCUCCAAGUCCCAGCUGAGUUGGGUGGACUGGGACUGAAUAAUACCCAGUAUGCUCGAUUGGUGGAGAUAGUAGGACAGCACGACCUAGGUGUCGGCAUUACUUUGGGUGCCCAUCAGUCUAUUGGCUUUAAAGGGAUCCUUCUGUAUGGUACUGAGGAGCAGAAGAAGAAGUAUCUGCCGCGUCUUGCCUCAGGUGAAAUAAUUGCGGCAUACUGUCUGACUGAGCCGACCAGCGGAUCCGAUGCCGCCUCGAUCAGAUCUACUGCCAAGAAGAGCACCUGUGGAAAGUACUACACCCUCUCUGGGGGCAAACUAUGGAUCAGUAAUGGGGGCAUUGCCGACUUAUUCACUGUCUUUGCAAGAACUCAAGUCCAGGACCCAACAUCUGGGGAGAUGAAAGAUAAGAUCACAGCAUUUAUAGUGGAGAGAGGAGAAGGGGUGACAAACGGGCCCCCUGACAAGAAGCUGGGCAUACGGGCCAGUAACACAGCAUCUGUAUACUUUGAUGAGGUCCGUGUCCCUGCAGAGAACGUGCUGGGGGGUGAAGGCAACGGUUUCAAAGUGGCCAUGAACAUCCUCAACAACGGACGGUUUGGGAUGGCUGCAGCAAUGUCUGGCACCAUGAAGGGUCUGAUUCAGAAAGCUGUGGAACAUGCGUUGAAUCGCUCCCAAUUCGGAAAUAAACUUCAUAACUUUGGAGUCAUCCAAGAGAAGCUGGCACGCAUGGCUGUCCUGCAGUAUGUGACGGAGUCAAUGGCAUACAUGAUCAGCUCAAACAUGGACUCUGGGGCCAAGGACUUUCAGGUUGAAGCCGCCAUAAGCAAAAUUUUUGGCUCUGAGGCAGCCUGGUCCGUGGCCGAUGAAUGCAUCCAGGUACUGGGAGGAAACGGCUUUAUGAAGGACACUGGGGUGGAACGAGUGCUUCGAGACCUGCGCAUUUUCAGAAUCUUUGAAGGAGCCAAUGAUAUCCUCAGACUCUUCGUGGCCCUGUAUGGACUGCAGAGUGCUGGCAAGGAGCUGAAAUCUCUGCAGAAAGCGCUGAGUAGCCCGCUGAGCAACACACCCUUACUUGUGAAGGAAGGUCUGAAGCGAGCACGGAGGAAGGCUGGACUAGGCACAGGACUCACCCUAAAAGGACACGUCCACCCUGAAGUGGAGAAAAGCGCGGAGUUGGCAGUUCAUGCUAUUGAAGAUUUUGGCGGUGCAGUAGAAGAGCUGCUCAUCAAGUACGGCAAGAGGAUUGUGGAUGAACAGUACGUCCUGCAGAGAGUGGCAGACUGCGCCAUCGACCUCUACUCCAUGGUUGUGGUGCUGUCCAGGUCUUCCAGUUCUCUGUCCCAGGGACUCCCCACUGCGGCACAUGAGAAGGUCCUGUGUGACAUCUGGUGCACUGAGGCAUCGACCCGCGUGCACGACAGACUGAGGAGCUUGCGGAGUGGAGGAAGUGGAGCCGCUUUAUUUAGGAACCUGCGCUCAGCCUCUGCUGCCCUGGUUGAGAACGGCGGUGUGGUGGCCUCACAUCCGUUAGGUUUUUAGGGCGUAUUCACACUUGUGCAUUACGAGUCCUGGUUUCAUUUUUCCCCAAUGAAAAAACGUUACCGAUACAUUUAAAUACCUCACGUUUUAUGUGCUUUUCCACCAUUAUACAGCCUCCUCCAGAAGAUCCGUUGUUAGGUUUGAGAAAUCCUUAGACUUUAGAAUCGUGUGUUCUGUUUGCAUAGUCCACAAGUGUGUCCGAGCCCUUACGAGAAGCCGCUGCCUUACGCCAACAGUGCCAGUAAUAAAAUCUCUGUAAUCAA